AGUUCGUAGCAGCGAUUAUAGUAAACAUGUGUACAUAGCUUUUUCUUUCAGGUCUGUGGAAAGAGGUGUGUGUUGAGGGUUGGUUGAGGGCGACGUCAGGAACUCAGGAAAGAUGGCAUCCGGCGUGUAUAAGAGAGUGCUGAUAUGUGUUAUAUUCUUAUAUUCAUUAAAUUUGUCAGGCAUAGCAGCGAAAAGCAUGUUAAGAGAGCUAAAUGAAGACAACUGGGAUGAAAUGCUGACGAAAGAAUGGAUGGUUGAAUUUUAUGCGCCCUGGUGCCCUGCCUGCAAAGCCCUCCAACCUGCCUGGGAAGAAUUUUCAACAUGGAGUGAAGACCUUGGCAUAUCUAUUGGGCAGGUGGACGUGACAGCUUCACCAGGCCUCAGUGGGAGAUUCAUGGUGACUGCAUUGCCUACAAUUUUCCAUGUUCUAAAUGGAGAAUUCAGGCAGUACAGAGGUGCAAGGGAUAAAGAAGCCUUCAUUUCAUUUAUCGAAGAACAGAAAUGGAAAAAGAUUGAUCCAAUUCCCAGCUGGAAAAGCCCAGGCUCCUUUCAGAUGUCAGUUGUAUCCUACUUCUUCAAGUUGUCGCAGGUUCUGAGGGCUCUCCAUAACAAGCUAAUGGAAGAUUAUGGACUCCCUACAUGGGGCUCAUAUUUAAUCUUUGCUGUAGCGACCAUCUUUCUUGGAGCAAUGUUGGGGCUGAUGCUUGUCUGCGUUAUUGAUUUCAUUUAUCCUCCAAAACCUCUAGUGGUAAAAACUGUGACAGUUGGUGAUGUUAAAAAAAAAGAUUUAAUUACACCUGAUAGCAAAGAUAGAACUAGUGGAGAUGAAAUGGAAGAAGAAGAUGAUGAUGACGAAGACAUAAAAGAUGAUAUUGUGGAUGAUGACGAAGAGGAAGAGGAAGAAGAGGGAAUUGAAUCACAAUCUGACUCUGAUGUAAGAGAAGAAGGCAGCCCCAAUGUCCGAAAGCGCAAGCCACGUAAAGCUGACUAGGCUAUGAAUAACAUUUUGUGAUUUACUGUUCAUGGAGCUCUCGGGCUCCAAGAAUGCAGCGUGUAUUGUUGAGACAACAUGUUACCACUAUGACCAUUCAUAAAAAGCAUUGUUGUUAAAAGGCUGUGUGCUGAAGAUUUUGCAAUAUUAGAGUGGGACUUUUUACGAUGUUCAGCAAGCUUCAUCACAGGCCUGUUAUCAGGUUUUUAAAGGAAGCAUUAAGACUGGCAUAGUAUGUAAUAAUUUGUUGUUGACAUAAUGUGAUAAAUUAUGGACCAGUCUCCUCAUAUCAUUUGAGUGAUCUGAUCAAAAGCAUGCAUUUUGAAACCGACAAGAAUUCCAAGUCCAAAUGUGCAACUACAAAAUCACUUCUGAAAUUCAUUUUUUGUGAGGUACAAUAAGUGAAAGAUAAUCACAAUGUGCUACUUCAGUCAUUUAUGAAUAGCAGGUCUAUGUAUUCUGCUCUUUUUUUCUUAAUGUGAAAGUUUCCAAUCUAAAACAAAUUUUGUCUCUUCAUGUAUGUAUCCUGCACCACAAUUCAGAUGCUUAUUUUUAUGUUUGCUUACAAGCAAAGAUUAUCACCCUGUGUGCAAUGCAGACAGUCCAGAUUCUAAUGUAUAAUGCAGAGCUCUUUCUGCCUAUACGUGGGAUAAAAGUGUUUUCCACUAACUGCAGUGGAGCACUGAUCUCAAGCUGCAAAUUCUGAAUGUUUAAAAUUGCCUUAUAUGCUAAGGUUUCUGGUUGUGCAAGUAGGUUGUGUGUGUGUGUGUGUGUGUGUGUGUGUGUGUGUGUGUGUGUGUGUGUGUGUGUACCCACGAGCGAUGCUUGUCAACAGAGUUGUGUAGGAUAUUUUUGUACUGAAGUUGAGAAAUUACGUAGUUCUAUUAACUAUUGAUGUAAUUAAUGACUCGUGUUCGUAUAUGUUAUGAUCCAUAUAGAGGAGACACUGAGUCGCAGACAGGCACAAUGAAAAAGACUGAUAAAUUAUUAAAGGUAUUUGCACAAAGUUCUUCUGCAGUAGAAAACACAUACACAUUAAUACAAACACAACUGACAGACAUGACCAGUCUCAGGGUGCUAGAGACCAACUUUGUCUAAAAGCUUUAAUAGUUUAGCAGCCAUUUUCAUUGUUCCCGUCUGCAACUCAAUGCCUCCUCUGUAUGGUGAGUUUCAAUUUAUCCUUCCUGUAUUGUUGUCAUUCCAUCCUGGACUUUCCAUUGUUUGAUUAUGAUUGAUAAAGCUGAUACAGGAUCAUGGGAGACUGGAAGUGACCCAGUAAAUAAAACACUCCAAAUAAAAAUUAACAGAAAAUGAAUGAGGACAAAAAUAAUGUAAGAGAAAACCUAUCAACUGAAUAAGUUAUAAUUAUAUGCAGUAACAUAUUUAUUUAAAAUUCAUUAAACAAUAACUAUCACUUUUGGUACAAUUUUUAAGGGUAGUCUAGUCUACUUUCUUGCAACAAUGUUUGGCAUUUAACAGCACCAUUGCCAGACAACUGCUUGAUAAGUGAAUUUGCAUUUGGAGUGAUCUCGGAGACCUCAUGACAUGGAUCAGAUGGUGCAUGGCAUUUGCUCGUGACAUUUAUUGCUAUUUGGGUGUGAUCACUCCUCACCUUCCCCCCUCUGCUCUGGCUGGCUGCUUCCUGCGAUGCAGAAGUAUGUGCUAUAACCAUUUCUUUAUCCAUUGUAGUAAUGUGGUCAUUGUUGUGUUACAGUCACUGAUUGCUGGUCAUAUUUUUCCACAACUUCUUUCUAAUGUAAUAAAUUUAAAAUAAUAUUUUUUGUCCAAAACUGAUGUGAAUGAUCAAAAGCUUAAAGUGAGGGCAAAUAAAUGAGGUUGUACUGUGAAUUCUGUUUUCUUGUGGACUGUUGAUAGAAGAAUUUGAUAAAUUUUUUGUGCAAAACUAAUUUGUAAAUAAAUUAUGUCAUUACAGCAACAUUUGCUGUGCUUUUAUCCACAUAUUUGCUAUCAAAGUACCUCAUGGUUUAAGUAAACGGUGCUGACAUAAAUAUUCAUUGAAGACUUAUGGGCCUCAAAUUGAAAUGCCUCAUCUUUCUGCAACCUUUAUUUCUUACUCAACUUCAUUUUGUCAUUUCCAGCUGAACUUUCAUUUAUUCACAUUUGAAAGCAUUCUUGCUAACUCAUGAGUUUAGCUUAAAAUAUUCUUUCUGUAUGUGUCCGUAAUCAUUGAAAUUAGCUUCUAAUUGUUAAGAACUAUAUUUUCCCAGUAUCAUUCUAGUCGAUAUUUUUAUUCAGUUGCAGUUACGCAUAAUUUGUGCCUCCCUAUAGUUGCCACAAAUAUUUUGUACCUUUUUUUAAUUCACCCGUUUGACAAAUUUUGAUAGAAUAAGUGCUUGCAAAUUGGAUUUUAAGUGUAUGCUGUGUGACUUAUAUGGUGAGGGAAGGGCCAUUCCACAUUUUUUGACCAGGUUGCAGAUAUGGAUGAGACCUCAUUUUGCUAGUUGCUUGAUGGAUGUAAUUAUAAGGUUCUGUUUGUUGUUACUGUAUCUGAAUUCUUAUUCUGAUUUUCACCACUUCAAGUAAUACUAGGGAAGGGAAUAAUUUUUUCUUGUGGUUUUUUAACCAUUUCCUGUUCAUUUUACAUUUGUAUUUAACUGACCAUUUUUAAAUUUUUUACCCUAGUUAUUUAUUUCCACAUAAAAAAUCUUGCUCACCAUUUGUUUCUUAAUCGAUUACCUUUUCUUCUGUUUUGGGCAGCAUCUUAUGCACUUAAAAUCUCUACUUUGUAUGUGGAGGUGUUCCAAAUACAGUUUCCAUUCUUGCUGCUACUACAUUUUUGUUUCAUGCAGGGUGGCUCAGUUAGUAGUAUUUCUGUGCUGACUGCAGUUAGUGACAUGUCCAGAUAAUCCUCCACAUCAUGUACAAAAGCUGUGAAUAAAAGCAAAGGCACAGUUGACAGCCAUUUUACCAUGCUGAGAUAACCAUUACUUCCCAGUAUUUACAAGGGUAAUUUUAAUCAUCUUUAUAGCAUUCAAGAAACAUUGAUGUCCAUUAACCUAUUGGGUCCAAGAACACGUCAUUCUUCCUGUUUUUAUUUGAGAGGUUUUUUCCUUGAAAAACUAUUCAUAACUCUAAGUGCUUUCUUAAGAGACUAAACACACUGACUUACCAUAUUUGUUGUCUGUAGGCCGUUUCUUUGUUGGCUCCCUAGUCCUCAAGUUAGACAAGUUUUGUCUGAAACUUGUCUGUUGUGAUCUAGUGGAUGAGACACAGGCUGAGCUACUGUCAGUGUUAAUUAUGCUAAGUUUUUUCUGCAGUUUUUGGCAGUGCCACUACCAUAUAGUUAUUUAUUUUUUAUGUUUAUUUUACAUGAAUAUUUCAGAUCAUAUGCACUUAGUUUGAUUUUUGAAUUUGUUUUUUGUUUCUCACUCAAAAGAUAAGUAAAUUACCAUGUAAAAUCAAAAACCAUGGUGACUGAUUAAUAGAUGAAAUUUAAACAAAGAUAUCUCUCUUGUAUGUUUGUACUUUUGUUUCGCAAUGUAUCAUAGGUGUGCAUAUUACAGUUUUAAGCUAUUUUAAGACAUAAUAAUUUUUAAGUUUGGAAUUGCAUUAUAGUUAAGAAGUACAUUGUUGAUAAAUGGAGUGGGGAUAUCACAUUAUUGUGAACUGUGUUGGGAAGCACCAUAUUACUUAAGUGUGCCGCAAAACAAGUGUGCCUGCUCACUGGUUAGACACUUGAAGUUUGGAGUUCCAGGCUGGUGCCAAAAGUAAAACUUUAUAAAUCACAUUGGAUUGGAAUGGACUGUAUUGUCUCUGAUACAAUUGCACACAAGUGUGUAAACUAUAUUUGCUUUAUGUUCGAAAUGUGGAAUGAUAAAAUUUGUGAAUGGUCCAAUACUUGCACAUUCUCAAGUUUUGUUUUACAAAUACUGUUUUUUGAGAAAGGGAGGGGAGGGGCUGAUUAUAUAGUUAUGAAAGGCAAAAAAUAAACUUUAAUCCCUCCCUCCCUCCCCCACUAUCUUUGCUUAACUAUCUACCAAAAACUCACAACAAGUUGUAUUAUGGAUUUUUGUGCCAUCUGUCUGUUAUGUAGGUGGAAAACAUUUAUCCUUCAGCAUAUUAAGUUUCUUGCUCGAAGGAAGUCUUCAGCCUUUGAUUUUAUUUCACAGUGGCAAAAGGGAACAGAUACAUUUUCGUCUCGCAUAACUGAUAUAGUAUCUGUGAAAAUUCAGUUAUUUUUAAGAUGUAAGAAAGGCCCAUAAUGUCUUCAUAUUAUCAUUUGAAACUCCAGCAACAAUUUUUCACAAGGUCAGAUUUUGCCUAUAAUUCCAUUAGAACUGCUGUUGGUGACGAAUCACUGUUUUUGAUUGUUGUGAGUGUAAAGUUUACAGGCUUAAGAACAUGGAGUUUGUGUGGAAUGACUUUUUGGCCCUUGGCUUGUUUCUACAAGCACCAAUGUCUUUGAAAGUGUUGCAAUAAGUCGAGUGGAUACCUUGAAAACCUGGAGCUCAAGAUUUUGUGUGUGAAUGUAGCAAAAACUCGGAGCUAAAUUUCAAAGUCCAAACAACAGAAAUGCUCCAUCUACUGCUGUCACAUUAAUCUGAUACUCAUCACAGGGUCAUAAUGCAAAGAAAAAGGGCUGAAAUUAGACCACAAUAUAACAGAGUUCAGUGUAAUCACUUUUUGGUUCAGUGACUCACGUUGCUCCCAAAUCCACUGAUUGAAAUACAUUGUUUUAUCUGAGCCAAUGGUUCAAUAACUGCUUACCGUCGUGGAAUGACAUGUAUUAAAAGAGGAAUCGUACAAAAUGAAAAUCGGGCUUCAUAGUGUGCUAUAAUACUUUUGCAUCGUGUAUAGGGUGUGGUAAGUGGGAAAAGCAAUGAUGUGCAUGUCACACACACACACACACACACACACACACACACACACACACAGAGAGAGAGAGAGAGAGAGAGAGAGAGAGAGAGAGAGAGAGAGAGAGAGAGAGAGAGAGAGAGAGAGAGGUAAGUUAUUGCUAAUUAUGGAAUUAUACAUGUAUAUAUAAUGAAAGAUGUAUAGUAAGUUGGAAGUGACACAUCUGCAUCCUGAUUUGUAAACUCUAUGAUCAUCAGUGUUAAAUGGCCUGACAGCGUAAUUUUGGUUAAGGUAUAAUUACAUAACACAAGUUUUUUUUAAGUGCUGAAUAUUACUUUACCAGUUGUGUAAUGUGGGGAUUUCUGGGCUUCAACAUCUUUUGUUUCGAAAAAAAGGAAAAAAGUUUCUCUUUCUCUUGUAUAUGUUCCAGGGAGAACACAUUUAGACAUUAUUUAUUAAGUAUUAACACUGUGAUAAAAUGUUUAUUUUACAUUCCUGUAAUGGGACAGCCAGUUAGUGAUAUCAUAAGACACUUUACCAAAUUUAAUACAGACUGUAAUUAUAACAUGCUCGGAUUUAAUAUGUAAUCUGUGUGAUGUUUUGUGACUGAAAUUACUUUUCACUAGCUUGAAAAUGUUUGAAAUUGCAUUUGGCCACCAAUGAUAAAUUGGCCUUUGCUUAUAAUCCAGUAGUCAUUGUUGACAUAUUUUGUGGUGUUUGAUGUGAGUUUAACAAAUCUCAACUUAAACCACAUUGUAAGACUGUGUGAAAAUUGCAUUUAGUGUGUUCAUGUUGCAGUGUCCCUCUUGAAAGGGAGCUCACUGGAAUGCGUCCUUUGCAGUUGUUAUUGUUUCAGUUUUACUUUUAUAUUUUCAUCUAAACCUCAACAUUGCAAUGGACAUAACAAUGCAAUUACUCUCAGCUUCUCUCUGUAUCAUGAUGCUCUCAGCUGUCAUGUUUGUUGUUUUGGUUGAUAUUGUGUGCAAAUUCGUGUUCUUAUUUUGAGUCCAGUUUGAUUCAUUUUUAAAAGUGAUUUUUAUAAAAAGCUUCCUAAUAAAUUUUCAGAUUAUGAAAUGCCUUUGAAUGUUGACUGCUUUAAUCAUUUUUAUAUUUUGUAAUUUUUGUGCAGAAAGGUAUAAUUUCUGUGAACAUUGAGUGUGCUGCAGUGAUGUAUUUUUUGUAAAUAAAAGUUCUAUUUACCAAAUUUUUCAAAAACAAA